AUAAAUAUAAAAAUACGGUCAGUGUCUAUUAAUUUUUAAAAAUUAAACUUAAUAAAACUGUUUUGUCACUGCUUUAGUUUAAAGGCGUAGCCACAGUCUAUUGCUUAUAUCAUUGGAGUUAUUUUAAUUAAAGCGCUCAAUCUGGCAUAUACCGCCGAUUCACUGGUUUAGUUUCUAUAAUAAUUGUCAUUGUCCGUCUGUCGGUCAAAACUGGAUUAGACUAAACCACGUACUAAAUCUUCAAGCUACAAGUAACAAAUGACAGAGAUCUUGCUGUCGCGUUGAAUUGCUUUCUAAUUUUUGUAAUAUACAAUUAAUAUUUUAGCACGGUCUUAAACUGGAUCUUGACAAAUGUUAACUAAAUGACAGUUUUCUCUCUUUUCAAACUAAAUAUUAUGGACAGAAAAAUAGAACAUCAUAAUGGAAAAAAAAACAAGACACUAAGCGAGCAAUGGUGAGAAGUUCCAGAUUGCCAGAUAUUUUCACCUAGGCUGAACUCCAAAUUUGUGUUCCCAAUAAAGUAUCGGUUGCCUAGGUAAAAAAUAUCUGCCAAUCUGGAACUUCUCACCAUUGCCUCAACAAAUAAAUUUAAACGCGCACAAAGACGAUUAAUAAGUGCGUGUUAUUGUCGAAUUUCCACAUUUUCAAAAAGCCAUGCAUACAGCAUUUAUUGUUUUCCACGGCGAAACGGCUAAUUAUAAAUUUUAGAACAAGGAAAAAAUAUUCGGAACUAUAAACGCUCCUUCAAGGUUGAUGAUGUUGUGUUGGUAUCGGAGAUUGGAAGAUGUACAUGUUAUCUUUUCUUACGAUAAUUGAACAAACUAUAAUGAUGAGAAAUUGUAAUGGGCAACGAACACUCUAUUUCAAAUUGGUUUUACUUGUUGAUGUUAGUGAAGGAUAAUGCCCCAGCGAACCAAGAAAAAUAGUCUUCUUUAACUUUUUAUGCAUUAACUCUGUGCAGGAGUUCAUGUACCUUAAAUGCACAGAAGACAUUUCGAAGGAAGCCAUAAUGUUAUUGCUGUUCGUAGGCAACACAUUGGAGUGAGCAUUGGGAUCUCUUCCCAGUUGUGAUUUAUUAUAACUUGAUUUGCUGAAGGGACAAUGGAAUCCCAAUUUGAAUUCGAGAAAACUGAUUAUGACAAUAAAAGUGAAACAAGACAACAAAAUAUAGAAAUUCCCAAUUACGAAUUAUUACUAGCUGGCUUUGUUGGCAUUGGUAUCGCUAUUGGUUUUACCCCACUCCUGAUGCCGUAUAUAUCCACUACUAUCCUGUCCAUCAUAGUUACAAUGUUUGGAAUAGUAGGGUUUUUCUACCAAUACAUAAAGAAAACGGAAAAGCGACAAAAAGAAAGAGAAAGAAUUAUGCAGAAAAGGUUGCAGCAAGAAAAGGAAGACAGGGAAUUGGCGGAAAAAGAGAGAAUACAGAAAGAUGAGAAUGCCGCUAUAGACAGAAAACAAAAACUUGAAAAGGAUCUGAAAGAUUGUUUUGACGAAGUUCACGAUAAUCUGUCUAUAUGCUGUAAAGACAUUGAAAAAGCAAAAUCAAAUUCUUCAGAAUUUUUAGAUGUUGGCCAAAUGCGUUUAAAGUUGGAUUUAAUCAAGAAGGAUAUAGAUAGGGCAUUAUCAAACUUUUCUUUUGCGUACAGAGAAAACAGGAAAGUCCUCUCAGAAUCGUUAGAUGUACUUAAGCAGUUGAACAUCAUCACUAGCUUUCAUAAAGAAGCUGAAUGCAAGAAAGAGGAGUUGAAGGUAUUUAAGGAAAGAUUAGAAGAGAUAAAGACAAAUUAUGGCACAACACCAUUUGGUCGACUGGCAAGGUCAAUAAAGAAAGAUGCCGUUCUGCUUGAAAAAAAGAAUAAUGUUGAAAUAUACAAAUUGCCAGUGAUAUUGAUCGAAAAGGAUUCGAAAAACAAGCUCAGACUUUUUGAGCUAGGUCUGGAGAGGUCUGUCAAGCCAAUGAAAUAUGUAAUGAUGGCGGGUAUGACAGGUGCUGGAAAAAGUCUUCUAAUCAACAACAUAAUCAAUUAUGUGUAUGGGGUGACAUACAGGGAUAACUUUCGCUUCCAGUUGAUAGUUGAGGAAGAAGAAUUACAGGAACGCGGAAACGCCUCAAGAAGCAAAGCAGAAAGCAUGACAAGUUGGGUUAGUAGUUUUGUUCUACAUUACCAAGAUGGAUUUCGCAUUAAUUAUAGCUUUACAAUCAUUGACACACCUGGCUUUGGUGACACACGUGGCAUAAACUAUGAUGAAAUGAUAAUCGACCAACUGCGUCAAUUUUUUGAUAGUGAAAAGGUAUGUCCGGUGAAAGAACUUUCUUGCAUUGGGCUGGUCAUACAAGCUAGUCAAGCAAGGAUCACAGAAGAGCAAAAAUACAUAUUUGAUCAAGUUUUAAACAUCUUUGGUAAAGAUAUGACAGAAAAUAUAUUUUUGUUGUUUACAUUUGCUGAUGCUCAACCACCUCCUGCACUGGAAGUUGUAAAGGACAACAAAAUUCCAUUUAACGAGAAUGCGACUUUCAAGUUCAAUAAUUCGGCGUUGCAUGCUUCCAAUAAUGAUGUAGCUAGCGAUCACUCUUGGGUUUUUGGUUAUGACAGUCUAAAGAAGUUUUUUAACUACCUUAAUAUGGUCACUUCGACAAGCUUAAACCUUACCAAAGAAGUUCUUAAAGAACGAGAUGGUUUGAAAUCGUUGUUGGAAUCCUUACAAAACCAAAUCGACAGAGGUAUGGACAUGCUUCAGAGUAUUGAGAAUAUGACUAAUGAUAUUCUUACACUUAAAGGAACCAUGAAAGCAAACAAGGAUUACAAAAUCAAAUCAAAACGCUACCCGCAAACAACAGAAGUGGUAAACCACCAUAUUACAAACUGUAAAGCUUGUAUGUUUACCUGCCACAAUCCAUGUCACAUUCCCAAGGAUAAGAAAAAGAAAUGUUCAUCAAUGAGAGACGGGAAGUGCGUUGUUUGUCCUGGAAAAUGUCCUUGGGAUAGCCACUCAAAUGGACACAGAAUUUACAUUUACCGGGAGAUCGAAGUUGAAAACACCGUUGAGGAUAUGAUGAACAGAUAUCAAAUUGCAAUGACUGAUAAAGAUGGCAAGAAAAAGCUUUUGUUGGGAAUGCUGGAUGAAUACCGUGUGUACAGACAGAACGUGUCUGACGACAUUCACUCUGCUUCAUGUGCAGCUAAAUCUCUCGAAGAAAUAGCGCUUCGUCAAAGCUUUUUGACGAAUGUGACAUACAUUGAAAGGUUAAUCAAAUCAGAAGAAGCAAGCAGUCGACCAAACAAGAAAAUACGACUUGAGCAGUUACAUCACUUUAAAAAUAUGGCUGAAACCUUACAACACGCACGAGCAGAUCCCACCUCUUUAACUGAGAAUGUUAGCAAUUACGAAGCCACUGUUGUCAACGCAAUCAAGAACAUCGAUGAUGAAAUAAAGAAUGGCGGCUCUUACUUUAAAUCCAAUCAAACUUCAUCAAGAAGAAGUGAGAGGAAACGGAAAUGUGUUAACUUGGUUGAAAAAUCCACUUUGCAAAGUAAAGGAGGAAUUUUAGGAUAUGUUGCAAAGUCCCUCAGUUCCUUACAUCGUACUUGAUAACAAUUUUCAAUUAGUAAACAUAGUCGUCUGAAAGAAAUUUGGUCACCGACUAUUUAUCGUAAAGACUGAAAUACUACUUUUUAUAUAACAGUAAACUGAAAUAUUCAACGCAAGGCAUUUUUUAUGCACUAAAAAUAGGAAAAAGGUUAAGUGGCAAAAUUGUUGCUAGAAAUUGUUAGCCCCUAAAAAAAGUUGAUAAAAGACCUUCUCACUGGGCCAAUAUUUGUUUACUUUUCAUGGACCUUUUUUACCAGUAAAGUAUAUGUUAAUUUUAUUUUAAUAGUUAUUGAAAAUUUUUUUGUUGUUGAUAUUUUGAUCGAGCAAUAGAAAGGUUCUUACAAACAUUUCAAGUGUAGAAUUAGCAUGUUUCUCUAUUUGAGCUACAGUUUCAGAACUUAUGCAUUUCUAUAAUAAAGUACAAAAAUUCUUGAAAAACAUAAAUUCAAAGUUUAAUUUUGCGAAACUAAUUUUGUGAAUUGCAAAAAUAAUAAAAAUUUCCAAAACGCGCAUUCGCAAAUAGCAAUCUCGAAUUUUUAAGCAAUUCGCAAAGUUACCGCACUUAAUUCCUGUGAAAAUUUUAGUCUCCUGAAGUGAUACAACCCAAGUCAUUUUUGUAUGCAAUAUAAGCAGGAAUUAAUUUUACGUUGUUGUAACGUUGUUUGUAGUUAUGUGUGUAGUUAUGUAUGUGAUUUUUUGUAUUAAAACUUUACUAAAUAAGUCAUUUCAGUAAAGGGAGGAUUUGCAACUUCCCAUAAGGAAGAUAUUUACUGUUAUGUAUUUUAUAUUUUAUGUGCCUUAAGAUAAAUUAGUUAAAUUUUGUUUACUCACACACCAACUUAAAUUCUAAUUCUGCAAGCAUCUACUAAAUAUAUAGGAACAGCGACAGGGUUUCGGGCAUUUUUUAUAGUUUGCCAAAAGCUUUAGCUCGUCACAUAAGGGUUUUUCUUUGAAAAUGUUACCCAUAAUCAGCGCAUGGCUGAAUUACUGACAUUUCACACCCGGACUCGUAAAAGUCCUAAGCUUUGUGAAAAGGAUCAUGCUGACGUUAAUAAGAGUUAGCACAAUUUCAUAGACUGUAUCUAUCCUAAUGGGGCUAAUUUUCGCGGGCAAAUGUUUCAGCCCCUUUCAAGGAUUCAAGCUAAAUUUGCGAAAUUAACACCCCAAAAUAUUCUUAUAAAUAACAUUUGCCAGAAAAUAGUACACGAGAAAUAAAUGACGAAAAGUGAAAAUUCAUGAUUUUGUGUCACAAUGAGUAAAAGAGGUCAUUUUACUGAGGUAGAAAAACUGUCGAACUGAAUUGUAAAACCAUAAGAAAAUGAUUAUUUUGUACUUCUGUGAAUGUGCAUUGAGAAAAAAAAAAUAUUCAGAACUAUUCUAGAACAUUGACUCACAAAAUGUAUUAUUUUUGGACCGGCGAAAUUUAAGUACGAGCGAAAAUCACUACCUUUAUGGUAAACGAACUAGCUUAAUUCCUAUGUACCUGCAAACAUUGGCAAGUGCACAAGCUUCAUUAAAAUGGCUUACAUAAUUCUUUUUGCAGACGAACUUUGAAAUUUGUCGCUUUGUUUCCAUAUAUUAUUUGAAGAAGUGUAGUCUGUGUUUACCUUAUUAUUUUUCUGUUAAGAACAGGUCCCCGAAAGUCCUGUUUUCUCUGACUUGCUUAAGUUUAUAUAAACAAAAGCUUUUUAUUUAAAUGUGCUGUAUGGGUUACUAUUUUUAUUAUAAAAUAUGUUUUACUA